CGCCCUGCAACCAAAAAAAAAAAAAACUUCUAAAACUCCCGACCAAAAAAAAAAACAGAGGAAGAGGGAGAAGACCGAACAUUUCUGUUAAACAAGAUCGGAGAUGUCUGGUCCGAGCCGGAGAGAAAUGGAGAGGAUAAAGGGGCCAUGGAGCCCAGAGGAAGACGAGCUGUUGCAGAAGCUGGUCGAGAAACACGGUCCCAGGAACUGGUCUCUGAUAAGCAAGUCGAUCCCUGGUCGUUCCGGCAAGUCUUGCCGGCUCCGGUGGUGCAACCAGCUGUCGCCGGAGGUGGAGCAUCGAGCCUUCACGUCAGAGGAAGACGAGACCAUCAUUCGAGCCCACGCUCGGUUCGGUAACAAGUGGGCGACCAUCGCUCGGCUCCUCACCGGCCGAACCGACAACGCCAUCAAGAACCAUUGGAACUCCACGCUCAAGCGCAAGUGCGUCGCCAUGGUUCCCGGUGGAGAAGGGCAGAACUGUGAUUUUGCUACCAACGGAGGGUACGAUUGUGAUCUGACGGCGGAGCAGCCGCUGAAACGGACUGCCAGCGGUGGAUCCGGCGGCGGAGGGGGGUCCACCGGGUUGUACAUGAUCCCAGGAAGUCCGUCGGGGUCUGACGUCAGCGAGCAAUAUUCUAGUGAGCCAUGUCCUCCGCCGUCGCACGUUUACAAGCCGACGGCGAGAGCUGGCGCGGUGGUUGUUCCGCCGAUGGAUGUGACGUCAUCAUCUUCGGCGUCCGGGGAACCGGGAACAUCCCUUAGCUUGUCUCUCCUGUGGACCGACGGGAGCGAGAGUACGACGGUCCGAGUGACCGAGUCAACUCAGCUGCAGAAGACGAUGACCCAGAAAACGAGCUCGAAAGAUGGAUUGACGGCGGAGUUUUUUCCGAUGAGAAGGGAAGAUGAGAGGACAAACGGGCUGUCGGGAUUCAUGGCGGUGGUGCAGGAGAUGAUACGAGCUGAGGUGAGGAGUUAUAUGGCGGAUUUGCAGCGUGGGAAUGGCGGCGGCGGCGGGUCGUGUAGCGUCGGUCGUGUUGGGUUUAAGGAGUUUAUUCCAAUAAAUCAGAUUGGGGUUGGGAAGAUGGAGUAGAGAGAGAGAGAGAGGGAAAUCUCAUACGCUUCCCAUCUGCUUGUUUCUCGGGAAAGUAAUGUAUAGCGGGCGAGAAAGCAAGAUCGAAGCGAUCGUUCGGAGAAGAGAUGGGAAUCGAUACUCAGUGAAUCAGAAGCUAAAAUCUCAUCUUAGAAUUCCAAUCUCGAGUGUAUUUGCUAAUCUUAUAUAUACAGUUUAUCAAAUGAAUUGUGAUCUUGUUUAA